AUGCAUCAUUCGUUUACCAUGGAGACAAUGUACAACGUGCUCAGCUUGGACUGGAUCGACGGAUGGACUUUCUUGGCAUGUCUGUGUGUUUUCCUGCUGCUGGCGGACGUUUUAAAGAACAGAGCGCCGGCGAACUUUCCCCCCGGACCGUGGGCUCCUCUGCCUUUCAUAGGCGACCUGCAUCGCGUCAGCCCCACCAGGAUGCACCUGCAGUUCACAGAGUUUGCAGAGAAAUAUGGAAAGGUUUUCAGCCUUAGCCUCUUUGGUGGAAGGAUUGUGGUCAUCAAUGGAUACAAACUUGUGAGAGAAGCCCUCGUCGAAAAAGGACAGGACUACACAGAUCGUCCCUUUAUACCACUAGUCCAAGACUUUGGAGGGAAUAAAGGUAUCGUGUUAUCAAAUGGUCAUCAAUGGAAGCAGCUGAGGAGAUUUACUCUUCAUACUCUCAGGAACUUUGGUCUGGGCAAGAAGAACCUGGAGCCUUCCAUCCUGCAGGAGUGCCAGUAUCUCACUGAGGCUCUUGCAACUCAGCAAGGAAAGCGUUUUGAUGUGCAGUCACUGAUAAACAAGGCUGUGUCCAACAUCAUCUGCUGCCUGGUGUUUGGGGAACGGUUUGAGUACUCUGACAAGCAGUAUCAGUGUAUUCUCCAGGACUUCAGUGAGCUAACGUACUUAGAGGGAAGUUUGGGGGCGCAGAUUUACAACACAAUGCCUGGGCUCAUGAAGUGGCUGCCUGGAACUCACCAGAGGAUGUUCGCUCUGGUACGGAACAUUUUCGACUAUGCCAAAAUCAAGAUUAAAGAGCACACAGAAAGCCUUGACCCCCUCUCACCGAGAGACUACAUCGACUCCUUCCUCAUAGAACUGGGAGAGAAUGAAGACAAAGAUUCCGCUUUUGAUUUAGAACAUUUGUGUUUUUGCACCAUUGACCUGUUUGGUGCGGGAACUGAAACUACAACAACUACUUUACACUGGGGACUGCUGUACAUGAUCCACUACCCUCACAUACAAGACAAAGUCCAUGCUGAGAUAGAUGCAGUGGUUGGGUCAUCCAGACAGCCCUCGAUUACUGACAGGGAAAACAUGCCCUACACUGAUGCAGUCAUCCAUGAGAUCCAGAGAUUGGGCGACAUCCUCCCCCUUAAUGUGGCUCGCAUGGCAAGCAAGGACACCACGCUCAACAAUUACACAAUCCCAAAGGGCACCAUGAUCUUGGCCACACUGCACUCAGUCCUUUAUGAUGAGACGUUCUGGGAAACGCCACACUCCUUCAACCCGCAACACUUUCUGGACCAGGAUGGUAACUUUAGGAAGAGAGAGGCCUUCCUUCCCUUUUCCGCAGGUAAGCGUGUGUGUCUUGGGGAACAGCUGGCCAGGAUGGAGUUAUUUCUCUUCUUUACCUCCCUCCUGCAGAGGUUUUCCUUCUCGCCAGCUGCUGGGGAGCCGCCCUGUCUGGAGUUCAAGUUGGGAGCCUUCCGCAGUCCCAAACCUUACCGUCUCUGUGCCGUACCACGAUAAAGUAUCAGGUUGACUUUUAUUGUCAUUUCAUCCUCAUAGAAAGUGCACGGCUGAACAAAAUGUAAUAUCUCAAGUGCAAAAAUAUCUGCAACAUAUAAACGAAACAUACGAUAUAAAGACAGAAGCUGUUUGCACACCCAUUUAUAAAAGCAGUAAAAACUAGCCAUGACUGGCCGAAUAAAUAAUACACACAAAGAAAUUCAGUUUAUAUUGUAAUAAGUCACUAAUGGUGCGUGUGUGCGUGCGUGCAUGCGUGUGUUUUAUUGGCAUAAUAGUAAAAUAGUGAUGAUAAAAAAGAGUACAGAUAGAAUAUUUGUAAUAGUAUGAUAACAUAUUUUAUUGUAUCAUAAUAAGAGAAUUCUAUAACUGUUUAUUUUUUUGUAUUUUUUGUAGUGGUAAAGUAUAGUAGUAUUGAUGAUAUAUGUUAUUUGUCUAUGGUCUGGGUUUUGGUAUAUGGACAAGAAGGCCUAACAAUGUGUAGCCAAUGUAAUUAUACAUAGUAUAAAUACAGAGCAGUAAUAGCUAGCAGAGUCUUUAGAUAUGAAUGUAAUAUGAUUGGCCUUUAAACACUAAAUAAUAAUUAAUAAACAAAUCUGUUUCUCAACACAGUGAAUUCAUUAUGCUUACAACAUUUUUUUAAACUAAUAAUUGGUUAUACUAUGUUUUCUUCCUUGAUAUCCAUUGCACGUUGUGUUCCUCAGACAUUAUAUGACCUGACGUUUAGCUCAUGCUUCUCAUUCAGACCUAUGUACUCACAUGGUGGUUUCAGUCUGAGGUUUUGCCAGGUGAGAAAGACACAGAAUACCAUGCCGCCAGUCUUAGUGCUGUUCAUCAGCCUGACCACGUGUGAUACCUGACGUUAAGAAUUUAGUUUGCACCUUUCUGUAAACUGGAUCAUUCUGUCAUGGAUCAGUCUGUCAGCUAUCUGUGGUGUAUCGAAGUGUCACCGAGAUUUUAAAUAAACUACUUUGGGUCUAAUUUUCA